AUGACGACGACGACGAGUGAGAAGAAGAAGAAGAGUCCAGAGUGGGUGAACGAGUUGUAUAUAGCGGUGAGAAAUGCACCUUCGCCUCCUUCUCCUUCGCCUCCUUUUUUUGCUGCGACCGAAGAUGAAGAAAAAAAGUCAACUUCUUUUAUCUCUUCUUCAGAACGCUUCAAUGACGACGAUAAAGAUGGAGAAGAAAAAGGAGGAGGAGAAGGAGACGGUGGCGCCUCUUCCUCCUCCUCCUCGAAGCUUUCGUUUCUCUCGAAGAACAACCCCGCCGCCGACUUUGAGAACGCGAUGGACGGAUGGUUGGGAAAAGCCACCAGCAGCAGCAGCGGUGGUGAGGGUGGUUGUAUCUGGAGGACGAAAGAGAACGUCGUGGAGACGUUGCUCCCUUUUCUGAGCGCGGAAUACGAAAGCGCGAAAAGAGAGGCGCUGUUUCUUCCUCACUUCUCUCAUCAUCCCGAUACGAAUUAUCCAAAGGACGAGAACGAGGACGAUGACGAGGAUGACGACGACGACGAAGUUUUAUUAGGUGUUCAGAAUGCGUCGUUUUUGAAAGAGAUUUCCGACGCGAAGUUGAGAGCGAUGUACGACGAGUUUUUCGACGCGCGGGCCGAUUUGUUACGACUGAACGAUGUUCAAAGCGAUCUAGAAACGUUCUUGGAGUGGUUAAAGGAGAGCAGAGAUUGUUCUGGUGAUAAACAGCAACGACGAGUAGGGCGAGAGAAAAUACCAGGUUUACGCAUCAACGCGCUCAAACACACGGAAGAAGGGGUUUCAAGGGGAGAAAAUGCCCCGGGGGUCGAAAGCUAUCUGAGAAGACGAAACGAAAAUUUGCGAGAAUUGAGAGCGAAGCAAUCGAGAGCGUUGUUGUUGUGCGGCGAAAGCGUGCGGUCAAAAUUCCUCGGGAUUAUUCUCGAGGGGUUUCGACACGACGCGAAUGAAAAUUUGCUUCACGAGACUUUCUUUCCGAGAGACCCACCACCUUUAAAAACAUCAUCGCGUAAUAACGAUGAUGAUGCACCAAAAUGCUUCAAUAACAAAAUUUAUCUCACACUGAGAGCGUUUUGUUCGGAACCGACGAACGCGGCCAUCGUCGAACGGUGCUACAAAAAGGCUCACGUAAAGUCGCCCUGCGCGAGGCGAAUUUUACGCUUGUGCGCGGAAGGGUGCUUCGAGAGCGAGAAGUACGAGCACGUGGCGAACGCGCGCGAAUGCGACGAUUAUUCGUUCCGCACGACGGGUGAUGCGGUGACUAAGUGCAAAAUGACUCGCGGUAAAGACAAAUUUGUGUGCGUGAGAUGGAUGUGCCGCUCGAAAUUUGAAGUCAACGAUGUCGCGAGGAAAGCGUUUCAAGACGUGUACGCCGAAGUUACCGCGCUCGAGAUUUUACGUGAUUUCGAGAAUGGUGAGAAGAAGGUGAAGAAGAAGAAGAAGAGUUCUGUGAUAAGAAGAGGAAAUCGCGAUGAUGUAAUGUCGAUUUCAUACUCGUUUGGAACACUCCGAGAUUACGGCGCAUGCGAAGAUUUCUUAUGCGUGGCGACCGAUUGGGUCGACGGAGUCGGAUUGAACGCGUGGCGUUCAAAUCUAGGUGAAUAUUUAAAGAAAGACGCAAAUGAAGCGAACAACGACAGAACGCUAUUGCUUGCAAUCGCGAAAACGAUGCUGCAGAUGGUAGUCGAUAUGCACGAAAAGAAUGUCGUCCACUUUGACUUGAAGCUCGAACAUUUCAUUCUCUCCACGCGGCGCCAAGAGGAGGAGGAGGAGGAGGAGGGGAGUAAAGGAACAAAAUACGCGAUAACUUUAAUCGAUUUCGGAGAGUGCGCGGUUUACGACAUCUCGGAAAAAGUAAAAGGAACCUCGCGUGCAAGAGGUACAGAGAUAUACCACGCUCCAGAAAUGCUACUCAUUGACGAAAUUAAGACUCAUAGCGCUUCGUUCCCUUCGGGCGAUAGUAGUAGAACAACCGCUGCUGUGUGUUUCGUCGACGGCAAAAAAUGUGACUGCUACGCGCUCGGCGUGGCGUUGUGCGAAUUGUUUUUCAGUAACUCUCCGAACAGGCACGCGUACGAACAGAAUGGAUUCCUUGGUUUGCUUAAUGUUGUCGCUGGUGGUGAUGAUAACGCUGAAAAUUACUCGAAAAUACUACGCGACGAUAUCCUCCUAAGCGACGUAAUCCGCCGCCCACCUUCCGACGGUGAUAUUGCAAACUGGUUGCUCAAAACUCUGCUCGUUCGCGAUCCGCACGAGAGAACCUCAGCUCGACGCGCUUUAACGAUGUAUUCCGACAUGAUAAAUUAA